CCAGAACUUAAUGAAUGCGAAAAACUGAAUUUUACAUGCAGCAGUGAUGCUCACUGUACUAAUCAGACUGGGACAUUCUCAUGUGUUUGCAAGCCUGGAUUUACUGGAGAUGGAUUUUCCUGUACAGAUAUUGAUGAAUGCGCUGGGCCCACGAGCGGCAACUGCAGUCUGACAUCAACGUCAUGCUCCAACACUCCCGGCUCCUUCGCGUGCUGUAGUCCUGGCUACCAGCCAUUCCAAUCAGCUUGCGCCAGAGAGUACGGAGGCAAUCUUCUCAUACUUGAUCCAGUCAAUUAUCCGGCAAUGAGUUUUUCCAGGGCCGCUUCAUUAUGUUCUCAGCUAGGGUUAGCGAUACCAAGUAGAACGGAGGAAAAAAAUAUGAUUGUCCAGGCAGCCAUGAAUUCGAUAAUCAGUGACUUUGUGUGGUUCAGGAUGUUUGCCGUGCCAUUCGGGCUGAGACGGGUAUUCCUUGACCAAGGUACUGCGUCCCGCGAAGAUUUGCAUAAUGUUGCCUGUGCAAGAUAUACUGGAUGCGCAUCUAGUUGUGGCCAGAAUGAACACUGCUCCCAGGACGAGUCGUGUGAAUGUACUUUGCCCUACUAUAGAGCUGACAGCGGGUUGUGCCAACGUUCAUUCCACCAUCGAGAUGACUGUGUGAACACUACGCUACGCAUUCCACCGGGCUAUUUCUUUGAGCCGGUGACGUUAUCGGACGCCCAGAACAUGUGCCGGGCGUCCGGAAUGGAAUUGCCCACGACGAGAAAGCUAUUUGGAAGCCAUGUUGUGGCUGAUUGCCUCUACAGCAUGGUGCAGAAUUACAAGUUUGCACUUUCCAGCAAGCCCUCCACCACAUCGACCGGUGUUUUCAUACGCGCCACGCACACCGGUGUGCCUAGAGACAGUUUAACUAGUUUCUACUUCAACGGCCAAUGGGACUUGCUUAAUAGACUAACUUCACACCACCGUGUUAUCUGCGCAGAGUAUACGUAUUGUGACCCGCCGGCUCCAGAGUCAAACAAGCGAAAUUUCGCGUACGUCAAUGGUAGUUACUCUCGCGGCACAGCAGAAUGCAACAGUGGUUACAUGUUACAAGGCGACUUGCCAAUGAGGUGUCAGGGUGGCAACCGAUGGAGUACAGCGUGUAUAUCACCAGCUACAACAAACGCAUGCAGAGCAUCCACUGCUGACUUCACAACAGGACUGAGCGGCUACACACAAGCUACUAGCAUUGAUCAAUUUGACUGGACGAGAAAACAAGGAGCAACAGAAAGUAGAGACACAGGUCCCUUGUCAGAUCAUUCAAGUGGGUCUGGUCACUACCUGUAUAUCGAGGCCUCUCCACCAAAUUUUGCUGGUGAUAAAGCCAUUAUCUACUCACCACAUUACACCACAUUACACCCAAAGGUCUGUACCUUCUCUUUCUGGUACCACAUGUACGGUGACAACAUCGGUACGCUGAACGUCUACGUGAAGACUUCCACUGCAAAUGUCAGGGUCUUCACGCAAAGUGGACACCAGGGUAACAAUUGGCUCCACGCACGAGUGCUCUUGAACACUGUCCCAGCAGUUACACCUGGUCCAUUCCAGCUUUCAUUUGAAGGCAUUUGUGGGCGCGGGCCUCGUAGUGACAUUGCUAUCGAUGACAUAGGCUUCGAAGACGACUGCUCUUCUGGAAACCCAUCUGCCAGCUGUAAUGCGCUGGGUAGUUUGCUGAUCGCUCUUACCGAUGUUCAUAACCAAACCUCAUACGACCUGGUGGUUACAACGAUCGCUGCUAACAACACUCCUGAAGUUGUCACUCUGUACAACCAGGUGCUGUCAUCCACUUAUCAUCCUAGCGCUAUUCCAGCAGACCUUGCUACCACACAGGUCAUAGUUGCUGUGUUUGCAGUGGGCACUACAACACCUCUCAAUGUCUACAUAAAGGAUGAAUCUGAGGUGACCCAGAACAACUUGCUCGCAAUGAUGAAGGACUCGCGCAAUUACAUGAUGCAGGGUAUGGUGGCCGGCAGGGCUGCUUCUCCAACUCGCCCUCUUACUGCUCAAACCACCUGGAAGGUUGCUGGCACACCUACCCCUACUGCUCAUUAUCGCAUCUUCAAUGCUGAUUGCUAUGGUUCAAGUCCUCCUGAUACUUGUACUCGGCCAACAUACACAGCCAUCUCCGUGAAUGCCAGCUCCCUUACUUUUCUGACGUAUGGUGUUUACGAGGUCGUCUUCCAGGUCACCACAGGCUCUGGACCGACGGCGAAAACUAAAUACAUUACACCACCUCUCCGCCUCACUGUCAACACUGACAUCAUACUGGGACAGACACCUGUAUGCCCACUUCCCACUGCUGUCUCUCCUAUGGUCAAUGUACCGUGUACCUGCAAAGAUGGCUUCAGCUGGAAUUCUACACGCUGUGCAACGGUUGGCUCACAUCUCAUUGCUGCCGGAGUCCCAACUGGAACCAAUGGUACGAUAGUCCUGCAUAAUAUUCUGGGAACGGCGGAUCGCCCUAAAGUCACAUUCCUGAAUAAUCAGAUCAUCAAUGCUCACCUCACCCCCAGUCAAGUCACAAGCAGCACAAACUUUGUUGCCAAUAUGAUGGUUGGCAUGACUUCCUAUGCAGCUGUUCUUUACUCCAUGAGUCCCGCACUGGCACGGGAAGCUAACUUUACUGCCGUUCUAAGUGGCUUCACCGAUCAAGAAAGCGUUCUCGUUCAGAAACACAACAUAACGCUCGAUAACACAAGCAUAUUUGACUUCGCUCCCAACGUGCCUACAAACGCUGAGUAUCGUACGUACAACUCAACUUGCUACGAGGCUACAGCACCAGUUAAUGGAUGUGAAUGGAUAGCUUUCACCAGCCCACUUAAUUUGGAGUGGGAUACGUACGAGUUGCUCUUCUUCGACCAAACUACCGAUAUGACGCCCGUCAACCAAUACAAGUACCCCGUGAUCGUCUUCAAAUCCUACGAUGUAAGUGUAGCUCCCACCACCAUGGUACCUGCAAGCACAGCAGUACCUGCAAGCACAGCAGUACCCAGGAGCAAGGACAGCAGUACAAUCACCAUCAAGCCUACGGCCAAAGCUGCCUAUGUAAGUGUAGCUCCCACCACCAUGGCACCUGCAAGCACAGCAGUACCCAGGAGCAAGGACAGCAGUACAAUCACCAUCAAGCCUACGGCCAAAGCUGCCUAUGUAAGUGUAGCUCCCACCACCAUGGCACCUGCAAGCACAGCAGUACCUGCAAGCACAGCAGUACCCAGGAGCAAGGACAGCAGUACAAUCACCAUCAAGCCUACGGCCAAAGCUGCCUAUGUAAGCGUAGCUCCCACCACCAUGGCACCUGCAAGCACAGCAGUACCUGCAAGCACAGCAGUACCCAGGAGCAAGGACAGCAGUACAAUCACCAUCAAGCCUACGGCCAAAGCUGCCUCCGGAGCCUCUUAUGGAGCUGCCAUGCCAUCUCUCUUGGCUCUAGUUCUCCUGAUGGUCGCCGCACUCCAUCUGUAAACGCUUGCCACCGUGUCUGCCCUGCAAGAACACAGGCAAGUUGCGAUAGCAUCACCAUGGCUACAGUGCCUCCAAGUCAGUAGCUGCCGGUGCACUGCCAAGGCUCGCUCUGUGUAUCCUGGCGGCUUCCGCUGUGUACGAGUACUUUGCCAUGAGUAAGGCCAUCUACUUGCUCUGUGGCCGACUUACACGGGUAGACGAUAUCUGGCCACCUUGUUUGUCCCACAUUCGUUAGUUCACCAUACGCACAUUCAAGUGCCGUACGGUCUAGUUUGUACUUGCAGCGAUUUCCAAUCCAGAAGUUGCUCGUUUGAUGAUGCAUACACAUAUCUUUCUUGAAUUUCUCAGACUCCUCCUGA